AGCAUAAAGAGUUAAGUCUGAUAUGCACAGCCAACAGAAGAAUAAAAGUCAAGCAAUUGUGCAGAUAGAAAUGAGAAUAAAGUUUGAAAUGUUUUAAAACUUUGUGUUUUAAAUGGAGGUUUACAGCGUACUGAUAUUUGCUGCGUGCUUUGUUAGCGCGCAAUUCGCAAAGGGAGACUAUCACUAUGUAUUGGCGCCAAACGUGAUUCGGCUAGACAAUGACGAACAUUUGUUAGUUGGAACUCUGGGUAACCUGAAAAAUGAGCACGUGUCAGUGGGAUUUGAGUUCUUGGGCAAGGCCAUCUCCGUGAAAGGUGUGGUUGUGCCGGAUGCUGAACACCCUGUCCAGGUCACGAUAAAAGUUACCGCCAAUGACAUCUUCGAAAAUCAUGGCGAAAGAUUUCAGGGAAAGCCUAAGACAAUCAUAAUGGUCGCCCGGGCGACUGGUUGGAUGCAAUCACGAGUGAUCGCGCUUAGUUACAAGCCGGGCUAUCUUAUUGUAGAGACUGACAAACCACUGUACAACCCAGAACAAACAAUAUAUGUUCGAGUUCUGGCAAUGGACGAGUACCUGAAGCCUAUGAAAAACACACAACUGGAAAUUGAUCUUAUUAAACUGGAUUUUCAGACUCCCGAGGAUAUCACCGUAGGCAGAGUGUCGGUGGGUAACAGUCUAAACGGCUUUUACAGGGGAGAUUUUCAGCUGCCGCCUUUCCCAGAAUUUGGCACAUGGACAAUAAAAGCGAAACUUGGAGGAAAGUUGGAGACAUAUGCAAUAGCACCAAUUGAAGUUCGCGAGUUUGUUGUCCCGACAUUUGGAGUCACCAUAGCGUCUUCAAGACAAUAUAUCUUGAAUCGAUCGAUGGAUCCGCUAGAAGUAACAGUCGAUGCCAAAUACGUAUAUGGCAAGACCGUAGACGGAAGUGCUGAGCUCGACAUCAACAUCAGAAAGAAGGGUGACAUAUCUGAGCCAAGCACAGUGGUGACCAUGAACCGGCAGAAGUUGCAAAAUGGAAAAGCGCAUUUUGUGAUAGAUAUUAAGGAGUUAGUUAAGGGCCAUGGGGGACAAUUUCCCGCAGGGGCCCUGUUAGAAUUGACAUCAAGGGUUUAUGAGUCCGCAACGGGAAAGGAAGAGUUGGGAUCUGAUGAUUCCGUCAUGUUUGUCAACUGCCCGUUCAGGUUUGACUUGUCGCGUUCAAAGACUACGUACCGGAAAGGAAUUACAUAUUAUAUGCAGAUUAUGAUGCUGCAUGCCAACGGGAAUCCGGCGGGAGGAGAACGAUUCAAUCUUGGCAUGUAUAAAAACGACAUACUAAACGAAACCAAGACUUAUAAUACGACAGAAAACGGAUAUUAUCUUGCGCCAAUUCCGACAACAUUUGAGGAUGGUGCUCGAAAAUUUAAGGUCUAUACCAAUGGCUUUGAAGAAUAUGGAACCGAGCUGAUCGUGCAUCCUUAUACUAGCAAACAUCAAAUAGUUGUCGAGAAAAUUGAAAGGGAUGGGGCUUCAUUCAUAGAAGCGAAGACUGACAUUCAGAAUGGAACACAAAGUACCGGGGUAGUGAUUAUGGUUAUAGCUCGAGGCCAGAUUGUCUUAAACAAAUACAGACCUGCCGCACUCCCUGUGCAAUUAGAAUUGGAUAAAUCCGUCAUCGAAAGGCUCUCUCCUUCCGCUCGGUUGUUUGCCUUCUAUGUGGAUAAACAAAACAACGAGAUAGUAGUAGACUCGUCCGCCGUCUAUGUAGAUCCAAAAUGCCGUACCCAGUUGGAGCUUAACCCUGAAAAGUUGGAGGUGAACCCAGGAGAAUCCUCAAAACUAACUGUCACCGGUCCGUCCGGGAUGUGGGUGGGGUUCAAUGUCAUCGACAAGGCGUUACUGCUUCUGAACAGUGAAAACAUCUUAAAAGAAAACAAAGUCUUCCAAGAAAUGUUAGCCCACGACAUAGGCUGCGGUGCAGGAGGAGGCACGACCAGCGAAGAUAUAUUCAAAAAUGCCGGGUUGACAAUUUUAACAGAAGCGAACGUGAACGCAAACCGUAUUGAAAUGGAAACAGUGGAAUGCGUCGACAAUAGGCGAAAACGACGAGCUGUCAUAGACACAAAUGGAUGUUAUUAUGGUGCAAAACCGAUAUGCUGCGAAGCGGGUGAACAGUAUGCCUACGACAUCAUCAAUGAAUAUGAGACAGCAAACAAUCCCUUCAACACGGAUGAGCCAGUUCCUCAUACAAUAUGCUAUUCGCGAGCUCGUGACAUGGCGACAAAGCAUAAGGAAACACUGCCGUCUAAGUGUCCAAUAGCGUUUUACGAGGCUUGUCUUAUGACUAUGUCGGCAAAAUUAAGUGAAUCAGACGCCGCUAGUGGAAGAUCAGUUUUCAGCAACCAAGAUCAAUAUACUAGAGAUGUCAGCAUUUUGGCAGGACUCGGAUUGUCCUUGAAAAUUCGCAAAAACUUUGAAACUUCUUUCUUCUUUGAAGAACACGUGUUAAGCAAUAACGGAUAUGAAACAAACCUUAAAUACAGGGAUUCGAUUACAGAGUGGUCAAUUCAAGCCAUAGGUAUUUCUGAGAGCAACGGUGCAUGUAUUGCACACCCUAAAUAUGUCAAAGCAUUUAAGGACUUCUUUAUCCAAGUCGAUCUUCCAUACAAAGUUUCACGGAAAGAGACCUUCAAUAUAAAGGUCACAGUGUUCAAUUAUUUACAGAACGAGCAAACGGCCCGCGUGUAUCUCAAAGGCGUUAAAGAUCUGUGUUAUGGAACCACACCUGGAGAACAGUCGCAGCCACAGCUUGCUAAACUGCCACCAAACAGCGCCAAGACUCUGACGUUUCCGAUGAUCCCCCUGGAAGCAGGAACAUACCCGAUCACUGUGUCGGCAUUUGUUUUGAACGAAAAUAUGCCUACUGCAGAUAUUGUGGAAAAGCAACUACUUGUUGUGAAUGAAGGUAUCCAAGAGAAGAUGAACUUUACCGUAUGUCUUGAUCCCAACAAGCAAAUGGAAAACUGUAUCAAUGGACCACAUGUCAACUCAACUGAAAGAUUACAUCUCGCUGGCAGUCCUUCUGUUAAAAUGAGAGUUGAGUUCCCUUUGCCAUCGUUUGCACUACCGGGUACGGCAUCUGCAAAUGCAUACUUAAGAGGUAACCUGAUGGGGCAGGCGGUCUCAUGUGUUCUGCAUGGCGUUGGAGACAUGUUUCAUAAACCGUGGGGCUGUGGCGAACAGACUAUGAUUGCCACCGCACCAAUUGUGUAUGGGAUGUACUUCCUAAUGCAAACAGGGACAAUGGAGGCACAACACGAGCAGAAGGGCGUAGAGUUUAUGAGAUACGGUUUAACGCGUGAAUGUUCGAUGUACCAACUGCCUGACGGCUCAUUUCAUAAGUGGGAGGGAGUGCCCGCAAGUUUGUGGUUGACCGCAUUUGUUGCCAAGGUUAUGUGCCAGGCGGAACAAGUUGUGAAAGGAACUGUUGCAGCGCAAAAUCUUCAGCGUACUUUGGCAUAUAUUUCAAAUGCUAACUCAGGUGGAACUGGCUUUUUCCGUGACAAUCAGGAAAUUGAAAUAAAAUCUUUGCAGGGUGUGAUUGGAGAAGGUGACUGGGCCGCAGACCCAUCAUUAACUGCCUUUGUAGUGACGUCAUUACAAGAGUGCACAGAAAGAACUAACGCGGUGCAGGAUUCCAUCCAUCGAGCAGUGACCGCCCUCGAAACAAUUCCCAGAACCACGAGGAAGAAUAACCCGUUCCUAGUUGCAAUAUCAACAUACGCGUUAGCUUUCUCAAACAGUUCUAAAAAGGUGGAAUACCGGAACGAAUUAUAUGCAAUGAGACUGGAAGACAGAGGUCGCUUAUACUGGUCAUUGGAUGGCAAAGCUAAUGCAUAUGCCGUGGAGACGACAGCAUAUGCCCUUUUGGCCUUUCUUAAAUUUGAUGACUUCAAAACAAGCCACAAGAUAGUGGCUUGGUUGACAGAACAGAGCGAUGCAAUUGGAAUUUAUUGGUCAACACAGGAUACUGUGGUUGCACUGCAAGCGCUUGCGACAUACAGUGCACGCACAUAUAACCCGGACUUAAAUAUGCAGGUUACGAUUGAAAAGGGAGGAUGGAGGCACACAAGUCAUUUGCACAACGAUAACUCGCUUCUACAAAUACUAAUUCCAAGUCUUCCAGUAGCCUAUGGCGAUAAUGUGUUUGUGGUCACCGCAACAGGAAGCGGAACGGGCGUUUUAAAGAUUGACAUGUUUUACAACAGAAAGGCGAGGGAAGAAGAGAUAUGUGCGUUUGAUAUAAGUCCUAUUGAGAUAAAGGACGUCAAUGCAGAUAUCGCGAACAAUCAAAAUAACCAGGCUAUCAAUGCGAACAGAAACUGUGAUGUAUGUGGCUAUUGUCAAGAGCCCGACGAAGGCGAUGUUGACUACGAAAUGAUGGGUCUCCGAGAUAAGCGUCAAGCAAUAUCCGUACCAGUCACAAUCCAGAAAUGUGUACAGUUCACGAUCAGAACAAAACCAAAUAGUACAGACGCGGGCAUGUCGAUUGUUCAGGUCAAUUUAGAGACAGGUGUCCGUGUUGUGGAGUCAGACAUACUCAAGAUGAAGAAACACGAUAAGAUUAUUACUCUUUAUGAAAUGCCAAGUGAUGGCAAAGGCUUCUUCGUUUUGUACAUUGAUAAGAUCACAGCCAGCCCAAUCGAAUUCACCUUCAGACUAGAGGACGCAUAUUCUGGAAAUGACACGACCCGCCACCCAGCGUUAAUAGAAGUAUACGACUAUUAUCAACCAGAACAUUCAUGCAUCAUCCAGUAUGGAAUCGGCUCUAACCACGGAAAAUCACUUUCAAUCUCGUGCACGGAUAAAAGUGACCAGUGUAACUGCGUGCAAAGUAAGUGCAUCAAACCUGUUGAUGAAGAGCUUGUGGAAAUGGCACUGAAAGUUGCAAGAGAAAAAGAUCCAAAAACAAAACAGAAACUUUCUAAACCAGUCGAUGAGCUGUUGGACUAUGCGUGCAACUUUGAGAAAGCUAGCUAUGUCUUUAGGGUAACGAUUAACGAGGUUGGAUACAACAAAGAGAAUAAUAGGAAUUUCGCAACAGCAACAAUUAACGAAGAACUUCUGCGAGGCGCCGUUGUGAACCUCGUUGGAGACGAAAUCUAUUUCGAUUGGACCGUGGGUUGCGAACUGCCCUCUCUGAAGAAAGAACACGCCUAUUACGUCAUAUGCAAGGAAGAGAGAGUAGUAGAUGAGGCUGGCAUGAAAAGAUGGAAAUACGAAUUGAUGGGCACGGCAUUAGUUAUCAACCCUGAGUACAAACCAAUCCUUGGUGUUGUCAUGAAAAAGUUUGCAGAUACCCUGAAGGCGAAUAAAGGAUGCACCAACUAAUUACUCUCGCUCUUGCAUCACAGAAACUCUUAAACGGAACGGUAUAGCAAUUAUUGUGCCAUGUGUUUUAACAACCGUGCGGUUAAAAUCUUUCAUUUGGCCAAAACAGUGUUAUGACCGCGGUGAACGUCAUUUUGCAUAAAUGUGUUUCUUUGACCUCCAUUCUAUAUUUUGUGAAGUUCGUUUUGUAGUAUUACAAAACAAUAAGUUUUUUUUGUAAAUCAUUGGCACGAAAUAUGUAUUGGAGUACUACUAACUAACUACUUCAAGAAUAUAUGGACUUGAAUAAAUGUUGAGAAGCAAAUAA